UCGCUCCGUUCAAGCACGACGUUCCCGAUCGCUCUCUACGGCCGCUCUCCGCGCGCGUGAGCUCUCUCGCGAACAGAAUGGCCGGAUACCCGAACGCGCCGCCGAACUACGGCUACGGGGCGCCGCCGCCACCGUACGGCGCCGCUCCGGCGUACGGGCAGCAGCCCUACGGCGCUCCCGCGGCCCCCUACGGCGCGCCGUCCGCCCCCUACGGCGCGCCGCCCCCCGCCGCGGACAAGCCGGCGAAGGACAAGCCCCCGAAGGACCCCUACGGAGCCGCCGCGGCCGGCGGGUACCCGCCGCCGCCCGGGGCGUCGGCCUACGGGAACCCGUUCGCGGCGCUGAUGCCGUCGCAGUUCCCGCCGGGGACGGACCCGAGCCUGGUGGCGAGCUUCCAGAUGGCGGACUUGGACCGGAGCGGGUUCAUUGACGACAAGGAGCUGCAGCGGGCGCUGUCGACGUACAACCAGAGCUUCAGCUUGAGGACGGUCCACCUGCUGAUGUACCUGUUCACCAACACCAACGCGAGGAAGAUCGGACCCAAGGAAUUCACCCAGGUGUUUUACAGUCUCCAGAACUGGAGGGGCAUAUUUGAGAGAUUUGACAGGGAUAGGAGUGGGAAGAUCGAUGCCAAUGAGUUGAGAGAGGCGCUUCUGAGUCUGGGAUUCUCCAUCUCGCCUGCCGUUCUUGACUUGCUCGUCUCCAAGUUCGACAAAAGUGGAGGCAAGAACAAGGCCAUUGAAUACGACAACUUCAUCGAGUGCUGCCUUACUGUCAAGGGGCUGACCGAGAAGUUCAAGGAGAGGGACACCAUGUACUCGGGCUCGGCAACUUUCAACUACGAGGGCUUCAUGCUGACUGUCUUGCCUUUCCUCAUUGCUUGAGUUUGAGAUCCUUAAUAUGGUUGUUGGGCAGUAUCGUAGUUGUUUCCUAAGUAGUUUUCGCCGUCUUUGGGGCUUCUUUUCCCCACAGUGAACUGGUGUUAGUUUAUGUUUGCUUCAGUCGAAUGAACUUCCCACUUUUCAAUGUAAGUUUUACUUCUUCGAGGGCUUGCCAAUGCCAUCAGUCGCUCCUCUACCUUUCUUAAUAGAACACUUGCAAGAAGUUGGAAGGGCAAUUUAGAACAAGGACGGACAGAAAGGGCGACCGACUUUAAAUUGGUCCUCAGAUGAUGAUACAUUGUUGCCUUUCUUCGAUCUGAUUGUUGCCAUGAAAGGUUUUUCUCUC